CGUCCACCGCAGACCAUUACAACAACCACCGCAACGCACCCCUCCACACAUCUCUCGCCCUGUUGCUUGACCUCUCUUUGCCCGCUUCAAGCACUUGCGCAUUUCCAUCAUGGCUCGUAAUUCAGAAAAAGCGCAGUCGAUGCUGUUCCGCUUCCGGGCUGCCCAAGCCGCGGACUUGGGCAUUCUGGACAUAUCGCGUACCCGUCGCCCGAAGAUGAUCACGUCCAUUGACUCGAUCCCGACAUGCGAGAAAUGGCGCGGCCAGGUGCUGAAGGAAAUAUCGCGCAAAGUUUCAAAAAUUCAGGACGAAGCGCUCUCAGACUUUCAGAUUAGGGACCUGAACGACGAGAUCAACAAGCUCAUGCGUGAGAAGCAUAUGUGGGAAGUGCAAAUCCGGAAUCUCGGCGGUCCAAAUUACAUGCGCGGUGGGCGCGUUGUGGAUGAAGACGGAAGAGAAAUACCAGGCGGCGGGAAGGGAUACAGGUAUUUUGGUCGCGCGCGCGAACUGCCAGGCGUCAAGGAGCUGUUCGAAGCAGCACACGCACCGCCACCGUCCGCUGAAGCGGAGAGGGAGAAGCGCGCCGAGAUCCGUCGUAAUGUGGAUGCUGCAUACUACGGUUACAACUUGGACGAGGAGGACGGCACACUGCUUGCCUACGAGAAGCAGAAGGAAGACGAAGCCUUCAGGAACCUGCUAGCACAAGACGACGCUAUAGGAGCAGACAACAUCAAGCGACAGAAGAGCGACGUAGAAUGGCAAGAAUUGCCGGGUGAUGCGGGAGACGGUAUCGGAUGGACGUUGCCCACGCUUGACGAAGUACAAGAGGAAUUGGUAGAAAGAAGACGGCGCAAACUGCUGGACAAGCUUGGUUAAUCAGUGGUCAGCAACGAACGCCUUCCGGUAGGACAAGGAUUGAGCUCAUGUUUGGAGCAUCUAGAAUAAUACCCAAAAGCGGACUUGAUAAUCACGGGGCACAAGCGCUACGUCUUUGUACCUAGUAGAGUUUCUCCUUAAAAUAGUCAUUUUAAUAAUGUCGCCUUGAAACUCAAAUUGAUUCUUCUCGC